AUGGUUUUUUUUAUGCAACAAAACUUACGUCCAAAUAUAAAAGUACGUAAUGCUCUUACACAAAUUUAUGGAAUUGGUUCAUUUACAGCAAAUCAAGUCUGUGAUCAAUUAGGACUUCGUUCAUCGUUAUUAGUGAAACAUCUAAAUGGUGCUCAAUUAGAUCAACUUGCUAGAGUUAUAAAUCGUUUUCAUGUCACUGGGCAAGAACUAGAACGUGUUAUUCAACAAGAUAUUUCUCGUUUUGUACGUAUUAGUAUUUAUAAAGGGUUUCGUUUUACUCAAGGAUUACCUGUUCGAGGUCAACGUACACAUACCAAUGCACGUAAUACAAGGAAGAAAAAAAAGCCAAUUUUACGUGCUUAA